AUCGCCUAGGACUCUCCGUAACGCGUUUUCAAGAUAUCGAUCUCACCAAAUCGCACUUUCUCUCGCUCCAUCUUCAAAUCCGUUUUGAUGGACCAAGAAUCGGUUGUGGAAGCGAAGGGAUUCAACCCAGGAUUGAUCGUUUUGCUUGUUGUGGGUGGACUACUGAUAACGUUUCUUGUUGGAAACUAUGUGCUUUACAUGUAUGCCCAGAAGACUUUACCUCCAAGAAAAAAGAAGCCAGUCUCCAAGAAGAAGUUGAAGAGGGAGAAACUGAAGCAAGGUGUUGCAGUUCCUGGAGAAUAGAUUAUGAAAAGAUUCGAGUUAUAAUAUGAUCAUGUUAGUGUCCAGUAUCUUCUUCUUUCUUGUGAGAUGUUUGCACUAUUGUUAGUUUUGUUUGUGCUUUUCUAAUGGUAAUAAUCACUUUAUUACUUCUUUUUGCCUCCU